UAUGUGUGUGUGUGUGCCGGGGGCGGGGUUCACAUUUAGGGUUCGUGUGACCCCUCCCCGUUCCUGUCUCACCAUCCUGCUUCGGACUCUUUUUCCUGCAAGCGGAGGCGCUAUCCGGCAGGCCGCCCCCGCGCCGGUCUGCUCUGCUCGGCUUGGUUCCAGCGGGCUGGCUUGCUAGCGCCUUCGGUGCUGACGUCAGCGCAUCCCAGGCCGUAUCCCGGGAGACCCUGUUGCAUGGUGAUGGGUUGCCACGGAGAUAUACACCUUUUCUCUGGGCCAGGGCCGCAGCUGCGCGGAGCGUCGCCCUGCGUGGAUGGCAGCGGCUGGGGGAAGCGAGGGAAGGGAGGGAGAGCGAGCCAGGAAACACCCGGCAGGUUCUCCUUCCCACAGGCCUGGCCAGAGGCUAUCGACGCCAAUCUGGAGGCCCUGUCAGCCAGGUACUGAAGGAGAGGGUCGGACUGAUGGGCCUGAGGCCUCUUGUGCCAGGUGGAACCAACCAUGAUGGAGAAGAAUUAGGUGAAUGUUGGAGACACAGUCGCGAUGCUGCCCAAGUCCCGGAGAGCCCUAACCAUCCAGGAGAUUGCAGCGCUGGCCAGAUCAUCCCUGCAUGGUAUUUCCCAGGUGGUGAAGGACCACGUGACCAAGCCCACAGCCAUGGCCCAGGGCCGCGUGGCUCAUCUCAUCGAAUGGAAGGGCUGGAGCAAGCCCAGUGACUCACCUGCAGCUCUGGAAUCAGCUUUUUCCUCCUAUUCAGACCUCAGCGAGGGUGAACAAGAGGCUCGUUUUGCAGCAGGAGUGGCCGAGCAGUUUGCUAUUGCAGAAGCUAAGCUCCGAGCGUGGUCUUCCGUGGAUGGCGAUGAUUCCACCGAUGACUCCUACGACGAGGACUUCACUGGGGGAACUGACUCAGACAUUGCUGGGUCUCUGGGGCCCCACCUCCAGGACCUCUUCACAGGUCGUCGGUUCUCCCGGCCCGUGCGCCAGGGCUCCGUGGAGCCUGAGAGCGACUGUUCCCAGACCGUGUCCCCAGAUACCCUGUGCUCUAGUCUGUGCAGCCUGGAGGAUGGCUUGCUGGGCUCCCCAGCCAGGAUGACCUCUCAGAUGUUGGGUGAAGAGCUGCUCCUUGCCAGACUGCCCCCCAGCCGGGAAAGUGCCUUCCGCAGCCUGGGCCCUUUGGAGGCCCAGGACUCACUUUACAGUUCACCGCUCACGGAAUCCUGCCUUUCCCCUACCGACGAGGAGGAGCCUGAUUCGUGCAAGGACUGCCAGCUGCUCUGCCCGCUGCCUGGCGGCAGCUGGGAAAGGCAGCAGCAAGUCUCUGAUGUGGCCUCUUCUGGGGUCGUAUCCUUAGAUGAGGAUGAGGUGGAGCCCGAGGACCAGUGAUCCAGACAUGCCCGGUGGUGGCAUGUUUCCCCUGGCUGCUGCCCGGGGCAGAGCCUCUGCGGCCAAAGUGUGGGCUCUGGAGCUCCGAGGGCUUCUGGGAGCGCUCACUUCUCCAUUGUGUGUUUUGCAUGAAAGUGUUUGGAGAGGAGGCAGAGGCCAGGCUAGGGGCGCAUGUACUGCUUCCACUCUUGGGGGUUUGCCGGGGCUUGCCCGGGACCCCUGGGGCAUGGCUACAGCUGUGGCAGACAGUGACGUUCAUGUUUCUUGAAUCCAAAAUGCCACAUUUCCUCCUGGGAUGUGAACCUGCGCUGGGAGGGUGGGAAUGGAGGAAGCCUGGCCAUCUCCUCCACCCUUCCUCGUGCCCCUUCUCCUCUGCUUCUCUCUUCACCCAAGUCCACGUGCAGUGCUUGACUGAACUGCCUUCUCCUGUGGGGCUGGCUCGUGGCCUCCUGGAGUCUACGGAUUGAGCCGUCCCCUAAGGGUCCCCUUACCCACCUGGGCCCCGCUGUGCUUCACCUUGCCAUUGUCUCUAAACCUUUUUUUCCUAAAGACAGGGGGUUUCUGGUCUGUUCUUUGAGCCGAUCUUCUCUGGGAGGCACUGGAAUGAUGGAAUGAUGAAAGGGUGUGUCCUCCCCCUCUCCUCUCCUCGCCCCCCCACCCCCAGCCCUGGCCUUCUCCCAGCAUGGCAAGGUCCUGUGGGCACAGACAGAGUUCUCAGUAGGGUGGAAUUGGACAAAGGAAUGGGUCUGGCUGUUAGAGCUGGGAGUGCCACAAGGGGGCCACCUGGGUAGCCAGGAGAUCUGUGCCAAUGACUGGACAGUCAUGAGGGAGUGGCUAUCCUUGGGAAAGAGGGCAGUGGUUUUUCUUGGCUGAAUGGAAGGUUGUAGCUACAGGGUUAGGGGCCUGAUCCAGGCAGGGUGUUGCAGAUGAGGCAGCAGGGGGCCUCUGGCAGAUCCUCUAUUGCUGGGACGCUGGGGUUGAUAGGUGGCUGUGGACUGAAGUCUCAGGCUUGGGCAGGUUAGAGGAUCCAAGAGGAAAACAUGAGCCAACAGCACAAGUGUUCUAUACAUGAGUGGCUAAUUAGGUGUUUACUUUAUUCUAUUUAUUGUUUUAUUAAAUUAAUAUAAAAAUC